AUGAGCGAGAAGCUGAAGCCCGCUGCCCGCGUUGCGAGCCAGCGGCAGGAUGUCUGGACCAUCAUCAACGAGGCUGCCGCCGCCUCGCCCAAGCAGCCCAUCAUCAACAUGGGCCAGGGCUUCUUCGGCUACAACCCGCCCGGGUUCAUCCUGAACGCCGCCAAGGACGCCCUCAACAGAGUCGAGUGCAACCAGUACUCCCCGACCAAGGGGCGCCCGCGGUUGAAGAAGGCCAUCUCGGACGCCUAUGCACCCUUCUGGGGCCGCAAGCUGGAUCCCGAGACCGAGAUCACCAUUACCACAGGCGCAAACGAGGGCAUGCUGAGCGCCUUCAUGGCCUUCAUCGAGCCGGGGGAUGAGGUCAUCAUCUUCGAGCCCUUCUUCGAUCAGUACAUCAGCAACAUCGAGAUGCCCGGCGGCAAGAUCGUCUACGUGCCCAUGCACCCGCCCAAGGAGGGCGCCGUUAAGACGCUCUCCGCCGCCGAGUGGACCAUCGACUUUGACGAGCUCGAGCGGGCCGUCACGCCGCGGACCAAGAUGCUGGUCCUCAACACGCCGCACAACCCCGUCGGCAAGGUCUUCUCACGCGACGAGCUGCAGAGGAUCGCCGACCUGUGCCUCAAGCACAAGAUCAUCAUCCUGUCUGACGAGGUCUACGACCGCCUGUUCUAUGUGCCCUUCACGCGCAUUGCGACGCUGUCUCCAGAGGUCGAGCAGAUCACCCUGACGGUCGGGUCCGCUGGCAAGAACUUUUACGCCACCGGUUGGCGCGUUGGCUGGUUGAUGGGCCCGCCGCACCUAAUCAAAUACGUGGCGGCCGCGCACACGCGCAUCUGCUACUCGUCCGUCUCGCCGCUCCAAGAAGCCUGCGCGAUCGGCUUCGAACAAGCCGACGCGCACUCCUUCUGGGACGAGUGCAUCGCCUCGAUGCAGCACAAGAUGGCCCUCUUCAACGCCGUCUGGGACGAGCUCGGGAUCCCCUACUCGCAGCCCGAGGGCGGCUACUUCGUCAUGGUCAACCUGGCGCGCGUGCGCAUCCCCGACGGCUACCCGUUCCCGCCCCACGUGGCCAGCCGCCCGCGCGACUUCAAGCUCGCCUGGUUCCUCAUCCAGGAGCUCGGCGUCGCCGCCAUCCCGCCCAGCGAGUUCUACACGGACGCGAACUCCCACAUCGCCGAGGACUACCUGCGCUUUGCCGUGUGCAAGCCCGAUGAGGUGCUCGAGGAGGCGAAGGUCAGGCUGCGCGGGUUGAGGAGGUAUCUGGAGUAG